AUGUUUGCGGCCACUAGUCCACCGCCCUCCACCUCCUCGUGGCGUCAUCAUGUGCAGGAUCAGGAGGAGGACCUUGUGCGCGAGAUCAUGCAAGCCAAUGACGUGGAUGCUGUGCUGGCGCGCAUGGAAAAUGACCAUUUUCGUCAUUUGACCCCCAUCAUACGCAAGCUGUCCUCCUAUGACGCUGCAGUAUCAGCAACGUCUACCUCACCUCGCGCAGGUGCACCGCCAACCCCCCCACCGCCGCCGGAGCCAUCUGUGCCACGCACCUACGGCGGCGGUUUUGGCGGUAGCGUGGGCUGGGAUGCUCAGCCAUCGCCGUCGAUACUGCAGUCCUCCCAAUCCUACGUGCCGCGGUCGUAUCGGGCGGCCUCGCCGGUCCCUACCUCGUUCCACAUUGGUAUGGACGAUAAUGACGCUCCUGCGCGGAUAUUUCCAGCAGUGCGUCAACCACCACCGCCACCGCCGAUGCAGGCGUCGCCAUCGCCAGUGUAUGGCACUGUCGCACACGAUUCGCUCGACGCGUACCGGCGCCCGGCUGGCGGGGCCGCCACUGCCGCACCCCGCCUUGAGGAUUGCGAGGCGGAGUCUCGCUACCAAAGGACCAUCGACUCAUGGAUGUGGCCCGGCGCUGGUCUCCGUACAAGCCUAUCCGCCGCCUCGCAGCAGCUCCACGUGGACCCGGCUCUCGACCCGGCUGCCGCUGUGAGCAGCAGGUUGCCACCUCCAACACCGAGCAGCUCGUGGUCUCCAACCGAGGACCGCUACCAGGGUAAUGCAGGCGCGCGGUCGUCGCGUGUGACGACGCGGCUGACAUCCGCAGCACCGCCCCGCCCCUUCGUGUCUCUCCUCGGUGAAGCCGCGGACGACCCUGGUGGGCUCGAGAAUGCUGCGCAGUCACGCAUAGCUCGCCAGCUGCAGCUACUGCGCAACUACCGCCAACUGGCCGAGCUGUGCUCGAGCACCGACAGCCCGAGCACCGACCUCUUCCGCACCUUGCCAUCAGAGGAGCUGGCACGCAUGCAGAUGGAGCAGAUCAAGGGGCUGGCGCAGCGAGCGCAGAGCCCGAUCACUGUGAACAAUAACUACUAUUUCGAUAGCGCCAGCGGUGACAAGCAUGACAACAGCCGGCGCAGCCGCGGAGUCGAUGGCGGACAGUCACUCAGCGGCAGCGAUAACCCACUUGGGGCGGUUCGCGGCAAGCCGAACACGGGCAUGGCGCCGGGAAGCCAUCGCUCCGCGUCGGAUACGCUUACGGCUGACAAUAGUCUGCUAGGCGUGGCGCGCUACCGCCCAUGCGGGGCCUCCUCAUCGCAGCAACAGCGACCACCGCUGCUGCCUUCGCCACGCGCUGUACCGCUACAAUCUCCGCACCCGUCUUCCGAGCCUGACUCCCCCAUAGUAACGCCACCACUCUCGCUGCGCGGCGGCAACCUCGCCCCGCCCUCGCCAAGCCGCUCCCAGCGCGGCCGCAGCCACUGUAGUCGACUGUUCGACGCCCACUACACCCCAACAGCCACCACCGAAGAAGCCGGAUCAAGCUACGGCGAGGGCAGCGCUGAGGACGAGGACGGGGACGACCAUCCUGGCGACUGCAUGGACAACGGCGGCAGUGAAAACAACGAAGAGUACGACGACAACGGCACCGGAUACAGACGCCCGCCACCGCGUAUUAUCGAGCGUGAGCAACACCGUCGCUUUCCCAACGCGAGCAUCGGCGACGACGCGCUCCCGUCCUCCGCGGCGGGUGGCACGGCACAGUCCCUGUUGGUCCCCUACACCUUGCAACCAGAGCAUAAGCAUCAAAACAGCUACUCAGGCCACUACGCAAACAGCCAGUCCUUGGCGACCAUCAACGAGCACCUCUACGACACAGGCAACUGCGUCCCGCCGGGGAUGCACAGCUGUUCCACAGCGUUUACGCCCAGUGACAGGCGGAAUAAUGUGAGUGGUGCCCCAGGCAGCGACGGAGGGCGAUGUAGCGUGUCCAGCGCCAUCAAUGUUCUCUCAGGCGAUCAGGAGCUGCGUGCCAACGCGCAGCGACAGAGUGCCGGUGUCAGAAGUAGCCACGAUGACCGCCGCGCCUCUCAGCAACUCGCUGGAUCGUCUCAGCAUUCCCACCAACAAGAGAGGCGCAGCUUGUCGAUGAACUCCAGUCCGGUGGCGCUGCAUGGCAGCGGUGCGCUAACAGACCCGUGCGUGUCGCCGAACCGUCUCUCAUUGCACAACCUCCGUCGAGGAAGCCGAGAGCGCGACGGCGGCCUACAACCCUCACCUAUGCCUGUGAGCCGUAACGGUGGCAAUGCUGAGCACCGCGUGCUCACGACGCCCACGCCAGAGAAGAGGCCCACUGUGAGAAGCGGCACUAACGGAGUGACAGCGCCCGGCUCUCGAGGCGAUCGCCGUCGCAAGGAGCGGAGUGGCCCAGACGUUACGCCGAGCUCUCACCGAAAGGACGAGACCCGACGUGGAGGAGGGCGUCGUGGCAAUGACUCAGACGACGACCGCUAUGUGAAUAGCGUGCGCAGUGGUACCUAUGACAGCGACAGCGACGAUAGCACGUGCAAUACCCCCGGUAAUCCGCAGCUGCAGACACACAAACCCCCACCCUCGGCGCAGCGCCAACGACAGACGCGUCGGCGCCACAGAGAGCCUCGCCCCAGCCUCGGUGGUGGCGAACGCGGCAGUCGCCGUCGUGGGUAUGACGACUGCGAUGGUAAAACUCGCUUUGGUCACAAGCACUUCUCUGCCAAGGCGCGUGCGUACCCGACGCAGCGUGGCCGCCGAGGCGGGGGCGAAAACAACGGUGGCGUGGAUAACGUGUGGCCCGCUGCCUCCCACUCGUGCAGCUACACUACCGACUCCGACAUCAGCGACUACGUGCCGGGCAGCUACUACAGCCCCACCCGGACAGGCCAUCUUGGCGGCGGCCGUAGAGGCGCACGUGGUGGCAUGAAUAGUCCGGGCAGGUCUGCUCGCGCCUUUCCGCAGCAGCGGCAGCCGUACGUGAGUUCGGCUCGCAGUUCAGCUGCACAAGGUCGUGACGGGCGUGGGGGACGCGGGGGCGCCGCGCAAGCGCUGUACAGUGGGAGGGGCCGUGGCGGCGCCAUGCUAGGGUCGUAUCACAGUGGUGUGUCUAGCGCGGCCGCACUCGGCGUAGGCUACGGUGGCCAUCAGAGUCUUGGCUCACCUCGUCGAUAUCGUGCAGUAGCAAGAGGUGGCGUGUCUGGAGGUAACUGCAGUCCGUACUAUGGCGGUGGUGAGCUCUCCCUGAAACUUGGGGCGCACCAGCAGCAUCGACAACAAGGCUGUUUGCACCGUGUCAUGGACGCUGGCGCGCGAGAUCCAAGGAUGCCCAUGGUCGGUGGCUCUGCAGGGCAGGGGAGUGGCAUGGUACGCCUGCCAGGUGGCCGUGUCACAGCGGUGGCAUCACCCGAGGCUCGCCAGUACCAGCCGGCAAUGCGCAAAACGGCGGCUGGAGUCCCUGUAGCGCACGUGGUAGCGCCGAUAAAAAUGCAGCAGCAGCAGCAGCAGAUGGGGUAUACCCCCAGCGCCGGCGCGCACCCACUCGGCCCGCCCUACGCUGCACGUCUCAGCGGCAGGCCCUCUUCAACGGCCCCUCUGUCGAUUAGAAGCGGUCGUGCCGCGUCGCCAUCAGUGGCCCCGAGUGUGGCAAUGGCCACCUGCAGUAAUUACGGUGCUGGCGGCAGUGGCCCUCACGUUCAACCCGGCCUGCUCUACGGCUCCCUCCUACCCAAGGCCCGUCUCAAGACAGCGCUAGUGGUGGAGGAGGACGAGCACGGUCGCUCGCGCAGCGUUGACCCGCACGGCAACGCAAAUCACACACCACUGCUCGAGCGUGGCAGCAUCUGCCCCCUGCAGUCUGUCCGCAGCAGCAGCAUCCAACCAUGGCGCCUCGGCAGCGACGUCACCUCAGGGGCGGACAUAUUUCCGAUCGCUGGCGUCGCUAUCAACGGCAGCACGAACACUGGUGUGCUGCCACUAGCGUGGAAGUCUGGUGGAUCCGGCUGCGUGGUUGGCCGUACCGGACACAUCCCCGUCGCGCCGCGCGGCAAUCUAUCCUCCCACUACGUCCCACCCGGCUCGAUUAAUGGGCGUAAACAACCGCAGUACCUUCCACGACAACAGCCGCAAAUGGCGACGGUGGUGGGCGCGAGCUCGCCCGCCCCCCUACCAUCCCACCUGCUCAAUAACGCCGCAAGACCGACCGCUGCUUCGGCAAGUGUCACAGGAAUCCCGUCGCCGCAAAAGCCGCCGCAGCAGCAGCCGGGGUAUUAUCGACUGCACUCCACCGACGCCGGGCCGCGUGACUCCCUCCUUUCUCUCCACAUUAGCCGUCCGCAGUACAACGAGCCCCCAAGACCGGCGGAGAUUCACAACAACGUGAUGCAGCCGCGCCCCGGAAGGUUCAGCGGCGGCAACGCGCAGCAGCGGUACGCUCCCUUGCAAGGCCCUCUAGAGAAAAUGAUGCCUGGUCGCCGUGAGACCGCUCUACAACAGCAGCUGGGCACGUACAGUUCGAGCAACAGAGCUCUAGCAACUCGCAAUGCCAAUGCCCAGCGCUUCGGUAUCACGGCACUGCAAGGCUAG